AUGGGGGAAGAGAGAAGGAAGGCGGUUGAGGAGGAAGUGAGAAAGCUAGAAGGGGCGGAGUUCAUCAGGGAGAUUAAGUAUACUACCUGGUUGGCGAACGUGGUCAUGGUAAAGAAGGCGAGCGGGAAAUGGAGGAUGUGCACGGACUUCACCGACCUCAAUAAAGUCUGCCCGAAGGACGCCUACCCGCUGCCCAGCAUCGAUCGGCUGGUGGAUGGGGCCUCGGGGCAUAACUACUUGAGUUUUCUGGAUGCGUACUCUGGGUACAACCAGAUUCCCAUGUAUGGCCCAGACGAAUCCAAAACGGCGUUCAUAACGGAUCGAGCAAACUUCUGCUACGAGGUCAUGCCGUUCGGUCUAAAGAACGCAGGGGCUACUUAUCAAAGGCUAAUGGAUCGGGUCUUUCGUGGGCAGAUCGGUCGGUCCAUGGAAGUGUAUGUGGACGACAUGGUUGUGAAAUCGCAGACGAUCGAAGAGCACGUUCGCGACCUCGGGGAGGUCUUCCACCGGUUGCGCAAAUAUAACAUGCGUCUCAACCCAGAGAAAUGUGUUUUUGGGGUGCCGGCAGGGAAAUUUUUAGGUUUCAUGCUGACGGCCCGAGGCAUAGAGGCGAAUCCCGACAAGUGCGCUGCUAUUGUUGAGAUGAGGAGCCCUAAAAAUUUAAAGGAGGUUCAGCGGUUGAUGGGGCGACUGACUUCUCUGGCGCGAUUUCUACCCAGGCUGACAGAGAAGGUUAGGCCGAUCCUGAGAAUCAUGAAGAAGCAGACUACGGAGAAGUGGGAUGAUCAGUGUGAGGCGGCGUUUCAACAAAUAAAGGAGAUGAUCAGCGCACCACCGAUCAUGAGCCGACCGGUGGAAGGGCUGCCCCUGCAGUUAUACCUGUCGGUCAUAGACGACACGAUCAGCGCAGCCUUGGUGCAAGAAGCCCCGGAGCAGCGGCCUGUUUAUUUCAUCAGCCGAGUUCUACAGAGUGCGGAAACGAGGUAUCAGUUGAUAGAGAAGAUAGCCUUGGCACUAUUAACGGCCGCACGACGGCUGCGCCAGUAUUUCCAGAGUCACCAGGUGGUCGUCCGAACCGAUCAUCCCAUAGCCAAGAUACUUCGAAAGCCCGACUUGGCCGGUAGGAUGAUUGCCUGGUCGGUUGAGUUGUCUGAGUUCGGUCUCAGGUACGAACCUAGAGGAUCGGUCAAAGGGCAGCAUUUGGCCGACUUUGCAGCCGAACUCCACGGACCGACCCCUUCGCCCGAGCAAACGUGGAUCCUCUUCGUUGACGGAUCGUCGGACAAACAAAGUGCCGGAGCGGGAAUCGUCAUUGAAGGACCGAACGGUUUUACAGUGGAGCACUCCUUGCAGUUCCAGUUUAAAGCCUCAAAUAACCAGGCGGAGUAUGAAGCGCUGAUCGCCGGAUUAAGACUAGCAAAAGACUUGGGCGCGACGAGGUUGAAGUGUAACACCGACUCGAAGCUCGUUGUCGGGCAGGUACAGGGUGAAUACCAAGUCAAGGAUGAUUUGCUGCUUCAGUACUACCACAAGGCUGUUGAAGCCAUGAAAGAAUUCGAAGAAGUUACCAUCCACCACAUCCCCCGAGCGGAGAACGCUAGAGCCGAUAGGCUAUCCAAGCUGGCGGACGGAAAGGAGAAGGGCCAAUUGAAGACGAUUAUCAGGCAAACCCUGACGAGACCUUCGGCGGGAGAAUGCGCUGCAAUAGAACGAUCGGCUGAUUGGACUACCGAGAUACGAGAACUCUUAAAGAGGUGCGAGGCUGGAGAAGAGGUCAGACCGACGGAAAGGAAGAGGGCGCUCCGUUUCGUAAUCAUCGGAGAAGAUCUAUACAAGAGAGGCUUCACAGCGCCACUCCUUAAGUGCUUAUCUGCAGAUGAAGCGGCAUACGUCAUGAACGAGGUCCAUAACGGCAUCUGCGGAAUGCACACCGGUCGGCGGACGAUGAAAGCAAGGAUACUCCGAGCGGGAUAUUUUUGGCCGACCAUGGAACAGGACUGCGAAGCCAUGAUACGCAAGUGCGAAGGAUGUCAAGCCCAUGGAAAUGAUAUAAAAAGAGCGUCGACCGAGUUACAUAGCUUGACGGCUCCAUGGCCGUUCGCUCAAUGGGGCAUGGACAUCGUCGGACCCUUUCCGGUGGGCCGGGCGCAGAAGAAGUUCAUACUUGUGGCAGUAGAUUAUUUUACGAAAUGGGUAGAAGCAGAGGCAUUGGCUAACAUAACCGCUCGGCAAGUCCACUCCUUCGUCUGGCGCAGCAUCAUAUGCCGAUUCGGCCUCCCUCACACGAUCAUUACUGACAACGGCCGUCAGUUCAUCGACAAGAAGUUAAAGGACUUCUAUAAGCAAGUAGGAAUAAGACACGUUACUAGCUCGGUCGAGCAUCCCCAAACCAACGGCCAGGCUGAGGCCAUGAACAAAGUCAUAGUGGCGGAAUUAAAGAAAAGGUUGGGAGAAGCCAAAGGAGCAUGGGUUGACGAGCUGCCACAAGUCCUUUGGGCCUAUCGUUGCACGCCGCACGGAACGACCGGGGAAUCUCCCUUCAACCUAACAUAUGGAACCGACGCCAUGCUACCAGUCGAAGUAGGAGAGCCGACCCUUCGGCGGGAGAUGCAAGAUCUUGAGGUCAAUUGUGGACGACUGCGCGAGGAAUUGGAUUGGACGACCGAGCGGAGAGAGCGAGCAGCCGUGCGAGCUGAAGCGUGCAGGAGAAUGGUGGCAAGAAGAUAUAACGCGAAGGUCAAACCAAGAAGUUUCGUCAAGGGAGAUCUAGUUUGGAGGAAAACCAAUGAUGCACGAAAAAAGUCAACACAGGGAAAGUUAGCACCAAACUGGGAGGGCCCGUUCCGCGUGACCGAGAGCCUGCAAAACGGAGCCUAUCGGCUGGAGCACUUGAGUGGCAAAGAAAUACCCAACAUGUGGAACGCGUCACACCUCAAGAUGUAUUACAGUUAA